CCUUCCCACCUUCCUCUGUGACGUUUUAUUGCUCUCUCUCCACUCUCUGCAACUCUCCUUUGUCUUCACCAACAAGAAACACGCACUCAUAUCAUCUCUCACUCUCUCUCUCUCACACACACUCUCACUCUCUCCCUCUAUACGUAUACUCACUCACAUUGUUUCUCUCUCUCUCUCUACAACCUUCUCACUCACUCACUUACUCCGCAAACAAUGUCAUUCACUUUAUGCUCAAUCACCAUGUGAACCCUGACAAAUAUCUCUACCCAUCUCUCACUAUCACACACACCUUUUCUACAUAACUUCAUAUUUUGGCCAACACCUAUUCGCUACUUUAAUGGCAGCUUCUUCAUCAAGAAGAAAAAUCACUUCACCAUUCCACAACCGGAAGCCUUCAAGUCCUUUUUCUUCAUCUUCUUCAUCAUCUUCUCUCAAGCAACUCAUUCAUCGAUCCUCUUCAUCUUCAUCAUCCUCAUAUUACGCUUCAUCCGGUAACGGUUACGGUUCCAGAUCAACUACUUCAGGUGCGGUCAGGGCUGAUUCGAUGUACGCCGGUUAUGGAGGCCGUUCGUCGGUCGGUUUUUCGUCGUCCGACGAGCUUAUCGGAGAGCCGGAUGGUAGUGUGUUGAAAUCGGGAGGAGGAGAUAGUAUUUCCGUGACGGUUAGGUUUAGGCCGUUGAGUGAACGAGAGUGCCAGAGAGGAGAUGAGAUUGCUUGGUAUGCAGAUGGUGACAAACUCGUACGCAACGAGUACAAUCCUGUGACUUCCUAUGCAUUUGAUAGAGUUUUUGGAUCGUCUGCUGUAACUCAGGAAGUGUAUGAAGUAGCUGCUCGACCUGUUGUAAAGACUGCUAUGGAAGGAGUAAACGGCACUGUCUUUGCUUAUGGUGUUACGAGCAGUGGGAAGACACAUACAAUGCAUGGUGAUCACCAUUCUCCUGGAAUAAUUCCGUUGGCUAUAAAGGAUGUUUUCAGUAUUAUUCAGGAUACUCCAGGAAGGGAGUUCUUGUUGCGUGUGUCGUACCUUGAGAUCUACAAUGAGGUGAUCAAUGAUUUGCUUGAUCCAACUGGACAAAAUCUGCGUGUUCGAGAAGAUGCACAGGGUACAUAUGUUGAGGGUAUAAAGGAAGAAGUUGUCUUAUCCCCUGGGCAUGCCCUUUCUUUUAUUGCUGCUGGCGAAGAGCACCGCCACGUAGGUUCAAAUAAUUUUAAUCUUCUUAGUAGCCGUAGUCAUACAAUAUUUACUCUGAUGAUUGAAAGCAGUGCUCAUGGUGAUGAGUAUGAUGGAGUGAUCUUUUCCCAACUUAAUCUAAUUGAUCUUGCGGGAUCAGAGAGCUCGAAAACUGAAACAACUGGACUUAGGAGGAAAGAAGGAUCUUACAUAAACAAAAGUCUUCUAACUCUUGGAACUGUAAUCGGGAAGCUUAGUGAGGGGAAGGCAUCUCAUGUUCCAUAUCGAGAUUCCAAGCUUACACGCCUACUACAGUCUUCAUUGAGUGGUCAUGGACAUGUUUCACUCAUCUGCACCAUAACUCCAGCUUCUAGCAAUAUGGAGGAGACACAUAAUACAUUAAAAUUUGCAAGUAGGGCAAAGCGUGUUGAAAUAUAUGCUUCUCGGAACAAGAUUAUUGACGAGAAGUCUCUGAUUAAGAAGUACCAAAGAGAAAUAUCAGUUCUCAAACAAGAGCUUGACCAGCUAAGAAGCGGGAUGCUUGUAGGCGUUAAUCCCGAGGAGAUAAUGAGCUUAAAACUAAAGUUAGAAGAAGGACAAGUAAAGAUGCAAUCCCGCUUGGAGGAAGAGGAAGAAGCCAAGGCAGCUCUAAUGAGUAGAAUUCAAAGGCUCACAAAGCUAAUACUUGUUUCCUCAAAAAAUACAAUUCCUGGAUUAACAGAUGUGUCUGCUCAUCAAAGGAGUUUCUCUGCCAACGGUGAUGACAAUGGUCCUAUGCUGUUGCAAAGUGAGAACCCAAGUGGCACUCCAUUAGAAAUAUCUUAUGAACUCAAACACAGAAGUUCCAGCAAUUUAUCAGCAGCAGGUAGCACUAUCGGAGAAUCAACUCAAGCGGGUGAUAUAAUUAAUGGUUCUGGUGAUGGUGCAAAAUUGCCAACGGGUGUGAUCUCAAUAGAUCAGAUGGACCUUCUAGUGGAGCAAGUUAAAAUGCUUGCGGGAGAGAUAGCAUUCAGUUCAAGUACAAUGAAACGUUUAGUAGAGCAGUCUGCAAAUGAUCCUGAGAGCUCAAAAACACAAAUAGAAAACCUGGAACGGGAAAUUGAAGAAAAAAGAAGGCAAAUGAGGGUCUUAGAGAAACAGAUUAUUGAAAGCAAUGAAGCUUCAAUUUCUAAUACAUCGUUGGCUGAUAUGCAACAGACAAUGAUGAGAUUGAUGACACAAUGUGAUGAAAAGGGCUUUGAGCUUGAGAUCAAGACAGCAGACAAUCGAAUUCUCCAGGAACAAUUACAGAACAAGUGUUCUGAAAAUAAGGAGCUGCAAGAGAGAAUUACAUUGCUCGAACAGCAGUUGGCUGCAGCGCAGAAUGAGAAAGCCCUGCAAUCAUCUAGACAUCGUGGAUCUGAAGAAUACAUUGAUGAACUAAGAAAGAAAAUUAAAAUUCAGGAGGUUAAAAAUGAGAAACUAAAGCGGGAGCAUGUUCAAAUUCUAGAACAAAACAGUGGAUUAUCAGUACAAAAUCAGAAACUUUCCGAGGAAGCAUCUUAUGCAAAAGAACUAGCAUCUGAUGCAGCUGUUGAAUUAAAGAAUUUAGCUGGUGAAGUCACCAAACUUUCACUACAAAAUGCAAAGCUUGAAAAAGAUUUGGCGACUGCUCGUGAAACUAACCGCCCAAAACCAGAACGGAAUGGUCGGAUAUCAGGUCGGGUCAACGAUGAGUUUGACUUAGACAUAGAAGAUUUAAGAAGAGAGUUGCACACAACGAAGCAAAGAGAAGCAAAGCUUGAGGCUGCUUUGGCUGAAAAAGAAGUUAUAGAAAACGAGUACGUGAAAAAAGCUGAGGAAUCUAAGAAAAAAGAAGCGAUUUUGGAGAACGAUUUGGCAAACAUGUGGGUUCUUGUUGCAGAGUUGAAGAAAGAGGUUAAUGGAUCAAAUGUUAAUAAUGGACAUGUUGAAAGAAAUGAUGUUGUGAAUGAAUUGAGAUUAGAUGAUCAUGGUGAUCUUGAUGAUUCAGUUAAAGAAAGGUGGGUUGUGGAUGUUCAAAAGGUAGUUCAUGACGUGCCAAAGGAAGAGCCCCUUGUUGCUCGGUUGAAGGCUCGAAUGCAAGAAAUGAAGGAGAAAGAUGCAAAUUCUCAUGUUUGUAAAGUAUGUUUUGAAUCACCAACUACAACCAUGCUUCUUCCUUGCCGUCAUUUUAGUUUGUGUAAAUCGUGUUCAGUUGCGUGUUCCGAGUGUCCAAUUUGUCGGACAAAGACUGCUGAUAGAAUUUUCGCUUUCACCGCUUGACGUGUGCAAAUAACCUCUUAUAAAUAAAGGAGAUAUUUCAUGUUUCAUUAUCAUCCACCUGCUGGUUUAUAUUUUGUGUCCCAUAUUAGUAGGUGUCAAUGUGUCAUUCUUUGAUUAGUCAUGCUGUGUAUGUAAACUAUUAUUGAAAAUGUAUAGUACGAUUCUACUUUCAGCUUUUUAUUAUAAACUGUAAAAAAGAAAACUGAUAAUGAAGUCUUAGCAUAAUACAAACUGUUUUGAA